GACGUGGCUAAGGACGGAACGGAAACGGUCCCACCGUAUUAUUGGUCCCCCGGUUUGCGCAGCAGUUUCUACCAUGAUUUGUGAUCUUCGGUUCAUUUUAUCGGUUCAAAACGCAGCUGGAACAAGAUGUAGUUUAUAACUUAGUCCGGUCCGUCAUCCGAUUCAGAUGUGAAGGCAAAGGCGUCAACAUGUCGACUUCAUUCAUUGGUCGUGAAUAACGUAUUCUACGCUAAACAUGGACUCGGACCGGAGGAGAGACAGCCGCAGUUGGGACUGGGACAGUCCGCAAUGCCGAGCCCAGCUGGACGAGAUCUUUUUCCGCCGACAUGACUACAUCCAGGCCGGAGCCCCGGAGCACCGGGAGUUCUGGUCCUUUUUUGACCGCUUCCAACGGUUCAAAACCAAGAAGGACAUGUCCGGGCCCGGGGACCAGGGGGGCGGAGGAGACUGGAGAAAGCCCGGCACGGCCAAGGUGGACCUCGGCCUCCCGAGAGAGUACGAUGCUCGUUACCGCAUUAACGUAUCCGUGGUUACCGGGGACGUGGAGGAGCGCCUCGGGAAGUCCGAGCAGCGCGGCCGGCAGAGGUCCUCCGGCCCGGGCAGCCAGGAGGUCUCCGACUGCCGCCUGGCGCUGCUGCACUUCCUGGACUUCAGCCAGAGGCAGAGUUUCGGAAAGCUGGCCAAGCUCCGCCGGGAGCAGAAGAACCUCCCCAUCUUCCAGUACCGGGACCGGAUCGUGGACACGGUGCGACGGCACCCCGUGGUGGUGGUGGCGGGGGACACGGGCUGCGGCAAAUCCACCCAAGUGCCGCAGUAUCUCCUCUCCGCGGGCUUCGCUCACAUCGCCUGCACGCAGCCGCGGCGCAUCGCCUGCAUCUCCCUCGCGAAGAGGGUCAGCUUGGAGAGUCUCAACCAGUACGGAUCAAAGGUGGGUUACCAGAUCCGCUUUGAGACCACCCGGACCCCGGCCACCAAACUGUUGUUCCUCACUGAGGGGCUGCUGCUCCGACAGAUCCAGCAGGACAAAUCGCUGUCUCAGUACCAGGUGCUGAUCGUGGACGAGGUCCACGAGAGGCACCUCCACUGUGACUUCCUUCUCGGGGUCCUGCGCUCCCUGCUGUCUGAGCACUCAGAUCUGCGUCUCAUCCUCAUGUCAGCCACCAUCAACAUCAAGCUUUUCUCUGACUAUUUCAAUAGUGCUCCUGUGCUGCAGGUACCAGGCAGGCUGUUUCCUAUACAGGUGAUAUAUCAGCCCAUUCCGACUGAGGAGCAGCCGUCGCGCUCGGAGAAACUGGAUCCCAGACCGUACCUGCGCAUCCUGCAGGGCAUCGAUCAGCGCUACCCUCCAGAGGAGCGCGGCGACCUGCUCCUCUUCCUCAGCGGUGUGGCUGAGAUUUCCGCCAUCCAAGAGGCCUGUCAGGUCUACGCCACACACACGCGCCGCUGGAUCGUCCUGCCGCUGCACAGCACCCUCUCCCUGGCCCAGCAGGAUAAGGUGUUUGACAUUGCUCCUCCUGCAGUUAGAAAGUGCAUCAUCUCUACCAAUAUUGCUGAGACUUCAGUUACAAUAGAUGGAGUACGCUUUGUCGUGGACUCGGGGAAAGUAAAAGAGAUGAGUUUUGAUCCAAAGGCCAAGAUGCAGCGCCUGCAGGAGUUCUGGAUCAGUCGAGCCAGCUCUGAGCAGAGGAAAGGUCGAGCCGGUCGCACAGGUCCAGGAGUCUGUUACCGUCUGUACGCAGAGUCCGAUUACGAUAACUUUGCACCGUAUCCGGUGCCUGAAAUCCACAGAGUGGCCCUGGACUCACUCAUUCUUCAGAUGAAGAGCAUGUGUCUUGGAGAUCCGCUUUCUUUUGUGUUCAUCGAUCCCCCUCCAGCCGCUAGUAUCCAGACUGCUGUUACUUAUCUCAAAGAGCAGGGAGCACUGGACAGUCGAGGUGAACUGACCUCUAUCGGGAGUUUGCUGGCACAACUGCCUGUGGACGUGGUCAUAGGGAAGAUGCUGGUGCUGGGCUCCUUGUUUAAGCUGGUGGAUCCCGUGUUGACCGUAGCAGCAGCCCUUAGUGUUCAGUCGCCUUUCCUGCGCAGCGCGCAGCACAACCCAGACUGUGGCACCGCACGCCAGCCCCUGCAAAGCAACCACGGGGACCCCUUCACCCUGCUCAACACCUUCAAUGCCUGGGUGGAGGUGAAGGGAGAGAGAGGUGGUGGCUCAAGAAAGUGGUGCAGAAGGAGAGGCCUGGAGGAGCAGCGUCUGUACGAAAUGGUCAACCUACGCAGACAGUUCAAGGAACUGCUGAGGAGCCACGGCCUGCUGGAAUCGGAGAGCAGCACUCCCUCUGGUGGUGACCGCGGGCAGCGCAGGCAGAGGCUAACAGAGAGGAGGAAGCUGCAUCAGCUGAAGAGAGAUCACGAGCAGCAGGAGAGUGGCAAACGUAAAGUCCUGAGGAUGGACGAGGGCCAGGACGGAGAGUUCUCCUCAGGUUCAGACACCGAGGAAGCCGGCAAAGGCAAGAAGGACAAGGCGGGAACGGGGCAGGACUUGGACAUACAGGAUGUGAAGUUCAAGUUGCGUCACAACGUGUCAGAGCUGCAGAAUGCGGCCAGCGUCAGUCAGGACAUGUCCUCACGCCAGCAGGCUCUGCUCAAGCUGCUGCUUUGCCGUGGCCUCUACCCUCAGCUGGCACUGCCUGAUGAACACAACUCCACCCGCAAGGACUCGGACCAGGUGUUUCACACGAGGAAUAAGCAAGGAGUGGUGAUCCACCCAACUAGUGUGUUUGCCAGCGACCCAGAGGUGUUACAAGUGCCCGAGGAUGACAGCGGAGAAAUGGGACCUGAUAGACGGGACAGCAGCAGACACCAGCUGCUUGCCUUCGUCACUCUGUUGGAGACCAACAAGCCAUAUUUGUCCAACUGCGUGCGGGUUCCAGCACUGCAAGCUCUGCUGCUGGUAGCGAACUCUGUGGACAGCAACGCUGACUGCACACGUCUGGUGGUGGAUGGCUGGCUGGAGGUGGAGCUGAGGGAGCCGGAGGAGGCCAUGAAAGUCUUCUCCACAGCUCUAACGCUCCGAGCUGAGUGGGAGCGCCUCCUGUUGGUCCAGCUGGGACAGAGCACAAUGGGGGGACCUGAGGUCCAGGGGGUGUCCCGUAAAGUCUUGGAGAAGCUGAGCGAAGGCCUGGUCCGCUUCCUGCUCUACACGGAGGUAACUUACAGCCUACGGCGACUCACGGCCUUCCAGACCCAGAACCUGUACAUCGGCCCUCGACCUCAGUCUGAUCACCACGAAGCCACCGAUGUGAACCCGCUGUUUCCAGGAGUCGAGGCCAAGCCGCACCCCAUUAAAGGAGGCCUGCGUGUCACCAGCUUCUUCAACUACAACUGUCUGGCUGACUCCAGGGAUCUCUACAGUGAGUGUUUACGCACUUUCUGGAGCUGUCCCAACUGUGACCUCUACAUGCCUCUGACUCCUCUGGAACGCAUGCAGCACGAGGCCUCCUGCAGGCCAGCCGGAGAAGAGCGGCAGCCAGAAGAAGAGGCAGAAGGUGGAAAGGCAGUUUCCUCCUCAAUGUCCAGUCUCACCAGAGUUUAUCACUGUGACGUUUGUGACGAAGACCUGACCCUCACGUCCACGGAGAUCCUCAAACACAAAAGGCAGCACAUGUAUUCUGCCAAGUAGCCGACGUCCUAAAGAACAACAGCUAUACGCAACCCGUCACUGAUGAAAGAUUUCAGUUCAUAGAACUUUUUUGUAUUUGUGUCACUGUUUUUCUUCUCAUUUAUACUAGAGGGAUUUUAAUAAAGUGCUAUUACUUUACUCUAA